GUUACAAAACCAACAGUCUAGACUGGUAGCAUCUUCUGUGCAAAUAGACUGUCAUUUUCGGCAACCAAUUUUCAUUAUGAAGGCAAAAUCCAUUAAGAACGCAAAACCCAUUAAGAACGCAAAAUCCAUUACGCCCGAACUCAUCGAGAAAUGGACUUGUAAAUGGAUAGGACUGGAAGCCAAUACCGUCAGCGAUAUUUAUCAUUGUGUUCGCAAGAAUGGCCAACGUACCAAGAAUGGCCAACAUGCCAUCGAAUCAACAGAAUCAACAGAAUCAACAGGAUCCCGGGGAGACUUGAACAUUCUGCCUACGGAAACUCUUGUCAAUGUGGUUCUCCACCUCGACGUUAUUUCGGUAGCUGCCUUGCGACGAGUUAAUAGAAGCUUUAUGUCGGUAGUCGACAGGAUCCCUGAAUACCGAAUGGUCAAUCAAUUCUGCCCUCGCAUUAUCCGCGAUAUCGUCAGCCUGGGAGCUAAGCACUUUGACUUUGCAACAUUGCACAAAACGCUCUGUGAAAAGCAUUGCGUCUCAUGCGGAAACAUCGGUGGAUAUAUUUAUCUUAUCACUUGUUUACGAGUCUGUUAUGUCUGCUUUGCCAAUGAGCACCGGUUCUGUCCCAUGCUUGCAAAAUAUGCACGUGAGGUUACCGGCUGUUCGAAGAAGGAGCUUGAACAGCUGCCACAUAUUCGAAGCGUCCAGGGACGAUAUGCCGCCAAUGGGGUAAUGUGUCAAAAUCGGGUAACCUUAUGGGACCGGGAAACUGUUCGAUCCAUCCAAACCACCACGGCUCCUACCUCUGAGAGAAACGAGCGUAUACACAACAAUCCACAUCGGUUCAUGGCCAUCGUCUCUGCCCCUUAUGUGGAAUCCGUCCCUAAUUCGAACCCCCCCUCCAAAGUUGCUAAAUGGGGCCUAUAUUGCCUUGGAUGCAGCGAUUCUCAAGAAGCCGAUACACAUUUCCGGAAGCAAUACACUGAGCAGAGUUUUGUUGAUCACAUUAUCCUCCAUGGACCCGUCAUAGCAGACGCCCGCCGCCCAAGACAUGCACCACCAAAACGUGCAGCACUAGAUAUGUCUAGUUAGAGAUUCUGCAAGACACAACCUUAUGCAAUUAUACCCACCACGAUAACGCAAGGCUGCAGCAUAUCUCAUUCAGCAAAGGAGACCCCAUUAUCUGGCCUGCCGCUGCUGGGUGGAGGCUCUGUCAACAAACCCAUGAAACCUGCUAUGAAGUACCUCCAUUGUUCCACUCUGAUGGACUGCGACAAAUUUUGCACUUAGGAGGAGGAAAAGGCUUGUGUCUAUUGGCUCUGAGAGGGGAAUACUACUGCCGAGAUGUUUACAGCUUCAAGUUGUUUAACUCUUGCCUGAUAUUACUACGUACCUUGCAUUGUGCAAAAUCUGAGCACAGGUUACGUAUGCUUUAGCUAGUUAGUCCAGCCUUAGGUGCCCAGAACAUGGGUCAGCCUCUCGAGAUCUGUUUUAAGGAGGUCGAUAAUAUUAAGCAGCAGUGUUAAAUACUAAUAAAAUGCGAA